AUGGAGAACAGAAACAAUGUGACCGAGUUCAUCCUUUUGGGACUCUCUCAGAAUGCAGCUGUACAGAAGACCUGCUUUGUUCUGUUUCUGCUCAUUUAUGUGGUGAUUGUUCUGGGGAAUGGACUCAUGGUGGUCAUGGUGAAGUUCACCCAGUGUCUCCACACACCCAUGUAUUUCUUCCUCUCCAUCUUGUCAUUUGUAGACAUCUGCUAUUCCUCUGCUACUGUCCCCAAGCUGAUAGAGGGCCUACUAUUGGAGGAUAAGACAAUCUCUUAUCAGGGCUGCAUCAUGCAGCUCUUCUCAGUGCACAUAUUUGGCUGCAUUGAGAUUCUCAUUCUCACAGUGAUGGCCUAUGACCGCUAUGUUGCCAUCUGCAAGCCCCUCCAUUAUGUAACCAUCAUGAACAGGCAUGUGUGCAGUUGGAUGGUGGCAGCCUCAGGGCUGGGAGGCUUUGUGCAUUCCAUAGUGCAGACACUCCUCACCAUCCAGCUCCCUUUCUGUGGGCCCAGUGAGAUUGACCACUAUUUUUGUGAUGUGUUUCCCUUGCUUAAACUCGCCUGCGCUGAUAGCCAUCUAGUUGGAGCACUGGUUGUUGCCAACACUGGGAUGAUUGCCCUGGGUUGUUUUCUUGUCUUAGUCAUCUCCUAUAUUAUAAUCUUAGUUGCUCUCAGGAUGCAUUCCUCAGAGGGAAGGCGCAAAGCCCUCUCUACCUGUGCCUCCCACUUCACCGUGGUGUUGCUACUCUUUGGACCCUGUCUUUUCAUCUACAUCCGCCCCUCCACAACCUUACCAGUGGAUAAGGUCUUUUCCCUGUUUUAUACCAUUAUCACCCCAAUGCUGAACCCAAUCAUUUACACCCUGAGAAAUGCUGAGAUGAAAAGUGCCAUGGGGAAGCUGUGGAAAAAAAAAGAGGAGGCUCGGCAAAAAAAAUUAAUUGGGUGA